CAGCACAAACGUCACCAUCGAGGCCGUAUCUUCGUGUUAUUGUUGUCCGCUUAUGGCAACGAAUCGGCGCCGGCAAUCCCGCAACAGAGCGGCCAGUGGCACUCAACGGAAGCAGUUUCAAGACACUCAAUUGGAAGCCCACUGACGCAUCCGGCAUCAUAACGAGUGUCCCUGAAGCCCUUAAAGUUUGAGUUCUCUUGGUGGUUCAAUGUCGCAAGGCGACGCCGAGUCACUGCGAGAGCACGGGUAAGGACAGGGCAGACACGGGGGCCGCCAUGGCCGGCUGCUGGGUUGCAUGAUGCGCACACUAGAGAGGCCGACAUGCGGAGAAGGGCGGCACUGCAUGGUGGAGUGGAGGGGGCUCAACUGCCCGUAUCAGAUGGCGAGGGAGGAAGAAGCUGGUGUCCUCCCUGUGUGUGCAUUGUGUUGCAGUUACGUGGAGGUGAAGCUGAUUGGGCGCGGCAACUACGGAACUGCGCAUCUGGUCAAGACUAUGGAAUCUCUACCGGACGGAUCGCCGGGCACCAGGAAGCCCAAACUCUACAUAGCCAAGAAGGUACUUAUGCACUCAUGAGCGAGGCCCUGUGUAUGUGUUGAAAGAGCCUCCGGCCGUAUGCGCGUGUGUGUGUGUCCGUCAUGCAGGUUCCUCUAUCGUAUCUGAGUGAGAAGGAACAGGAGUCGGCUAUGAAGGAGGUGACUGAGGAGAGAGGACACUAGCGGAUGGACGGGUCGGGUGGUUGCUGAUGCGUCCGGCCAUGCGUAUGCGGUGUGUGUGUGUGCAGGUGGAGGUUCUGCGGCGUCUUGAGCAUCCGAAUGUGGUGGCGUACAAGGACUCCUUCAUGCUCGAGGGACACGUGCUUGUCAUUGUCAUGCAGGUGAGUGACUCACAGCAACAGCAUAGCGCAUUUCUCACAGGUGGAUGGCUGGAUGUGUUCAGUACUGUGAGGGUGGCGACUUGGCGUGGCACAUCAAGCAGCACCAGCGGGACAAGAAGCCCUUUCAGGAGAUCGAAAUCAUGAACUGGUCAGUCAGACAGACAGACAGACAGACACACAGACAGACAGACCAUUGUCUGUGUCUCUGUGACCUGACUGUGUGCAGGUUUGUGCAGAUCUGCAUGGCGCUGCAGCACAUCCACCGGCAGAAGAUACUGCACAGAGACCUCAAGAGCUCAGUACGCCCUCACCUCAGCAAUCAAUCCAUUUGCUGCAUGCCCAUCUCCCUGUGUGUGCUGUGCUGUGCUGUGCUCUCUACCUUUUCAGAACAUCUUCCUGACUCGCAACGCCCGCAUCGUCAAGCUCGGUAGGCACAGCACACAUACACACACCCACACACGUGCAAAGGAAGGAUGCAUUCGUUGUGUGUACAGGUGAUUUCGGCAUAUCUCGCGUGUUGGACGGCACGCUGGAGCAGGCACUCACUGUGGUCGGCACACCGUACUACAUGAGCCCUGAGGUGAGUCAGCCAGCGAGUGAGCGAAGGGAUUGGACAUCUCUCUCCCUCUCUCUCUGUGUGAGUAGGUGUGCGAGAACAAGCCCUACACCUUCAAAUCUGACGUCUGGGCGCUGGGGUGCGUCCUCUACGAGCUCUGCGUGCUCAAGUGAGGCCAAUAGCAGGGAGACACACGUACAGUACAAUCCUUCACUGCUUCAUUAUUCCUUUUUUUUUCUCUCAUGGAUAAAGGCACGCCUUCUCUGCCAGCAACCUUCUUGGGCUGGUAUACAAAAUCGUGGCGGAGACGUACGACCCCAUCCCAGACACGUACUCACCGGUCAGUGCGGCGUCAUUGGCCCCCUCCCAGCAUGCACAGGUCUUAUUCGUUUCUUUCUGCAGGAGCUGAGCCGCCUCGUGAGAAGUCUGCUGACCAAGAAGGCGGAGGAGCGGCCGUCAGUCGAGGAGCUGCUCGCAGACCCAUAUGUGCAGGUCGGGUCGGCAACCAUCAAGCCGACACACACACACACAACACGCACCCAUGUCUCCCUCUUUUCUCUCAGUCGUUCAUGCAAGAGUUCGCCGACACCAACGGCGCGUCUCUGACCGCACAGAUACAGCCACAGUCCAAGAUCUUCGCACGGAUGCGGGGCCUCCCACACGCGCACAGCCGGGACAGCCCGCAGGCGAGAACCGUGCCGGCCGCGCACACCGACAGCAGCCAGCCGCCUGUAGCUGCAGCAGAGCCACCAGCAGCACCCCGCCCCUCCACUGCUCGCGACGAUGGGCAACAGCAGCCGAGCAAGCCAAUGGUCCGGGAGACACCCAGGUGCGCGCGCAAGAUGGGACAAAGAGAAUGAGGCACUUGUGUACCCACUCAAAUGUUGUCUUCCGUCGUUACAGGGAAGCUGCGUUGCGCAGACGUCGCGAGCAGGCUGACAAGCACGCCGAGGCGCUCAAAGAGGCAGCACGAGUACAGGCCGCUGAGAAGCAAAAGUAGGCAUGAGCACACCUACCUCAUUAGCGAGACCACCGUCUUUUCUUUCUCAUAUGUAUGUGUCCAUCAUUGUAGAGCGAAGGAGAGGGAGGCCGAGCAGUUUUAUUCGAGCAGAGGGGCUGGGUGGUACCAUUCUGUGCGGGACGGUGCAGGGGUGAGGGCGAUGAAUGUCCAGAUUGACAUGAUGAGGCCGCCAUCGCAGCCGGCGUCUGGGCAGGGGCAGGCCAUGCAGAUGCAUGGAUAUCGUUUCUCGGAGAUCCCCCAGCCGCCUGAAGCCCCUAACAGACGCAGGUAAAGCCUCAUUCCGUCCCCUCUCACCUCGGCAGAGACACGAGCCCUCUCUUUGUGCUGCAGCCCGUCCCAGCCUCGUCGAAGCGAGCAGAGUGUCGUCAGCACUACUGCCGAUCGCAUCACGUCCUCUGCUCCGCCAGGAGACCUCCAGUACUUCCCCAGCCCCCCGCUGCCCAGCGCAUCCCACCACCCCCAUCAGCAGCCCAGCAAUCAGCCUACCACGCCCCACGGACAGAGAAAGUGGGGCCAGAGGAAUGACAAGUUUGACUCGUAUGCGCCACCGACGGUCGACACACUGCGCGAGGGCGAGAUGGAGCUGCCGCCUCCACAGCUGCAGCACUACGAUACCGAAGAUUGGUGUGAUGAGAGUGCCGAUUGGGAUGGCGACACCAACAGAGAGCAUAGUGGUGUGGGUGUGGGUGUGGGUGUGGGCGCUGGGAUGGGCAGUGGGAGUGAGCAGGAGGAGUACGAUGACGACUUUGAGUGCGAAGAGGAGGAGGACGCCGUUUGUGAGGAGGAAUACAUCAACAAUGAAACUGCAGAGGAGAACGCCGACAGAGACGAGCAGGUGAGCGGACAGACCACAGCCAACAAAUCCCAACCCCCGUAACACACACGUGCACUCUGUCUCUUCUCUCUGUUCUCUGUCUUUUCAGGAGCUGUCGCUGGUGGUCGACAACUACAAGCGAAGCCUAGUGGACAGCGGCUCCUUCCCCGCCAUGCACGCCACCCGCCCCACCUCCACCUCCCGCCCCAGCUCCGCACACCGCAAGCUCCGCCCGCCAUCGUCGUCAGGCGCACGCACCACCAACACCGGCACUGGCUCGGCCAGGACCACACCCACAUCACCUGACAGCGCCUCGCCGCCCUUCGCCCCUGUCAGCCCGUCAAGUGGGCAUUCGUCGAGUCAGCAGGAGCUGCCGAUCGCUAUGACGAUGGCGCGUGGUGAGCUGCUGAACAAGGCUAAAGAGGAGUUGCGGGGCAGGAUGGGCGGGGAGACGUUUGAUAAGGGGUUCGCGCUGCUGAUCGAGGUGAAUAAUCCUGAGCCCAGGAGAGGCUAUGUGUCCUUGCUGGUGUCAUUUCUGUAAUGGUGUGCUUUUUGUUGGCGUGUAGAUGCGCCGUGAUGCCAAGAUAAGUGAUCACGACUUGCAGAAGCGGCUGCUGGACACCAUAGGAAGGGACCACUUCAAGAGGUCGGUCAGAUGCGGGGACAGUCUCGCACCGGCCCCCUCAUACACUGUCCCUUUCUGUCUGUCUGUCUGUCUGCCUGUCUGUCGCAGAUACGGGAUGGAGUUAGACCAGCUGGUGUUCAAGACGUUGCUAGGGUGACGAAAUGAUAGACGCGGAAAGGAAAGAAUGAUGAUAGAUGGGAGAAGAGGGAGGGAGGGAGGAAGACACAUGUUGCUGUGCAGUGCAUUUGGAAGGAGGCUCGCUGAGUGGCGAACAGUGGAUGGUAUGUGUGGGCUUGUGCUGCGCUGGUCGCUCUUCUUUGCUUGCGUGCAUCGCAGUUUUGACACCCGCAAAGAGACACAGACAGGGGGGAUGGAGGGCAGCUGCUUGGACAGAGAUAGAUGGAGGGCCAGCCACUGGGCCAUCGCAUGGGGGCGGCGGCGUUUUUGUUUUGGAAGGAGGUCACAAAGUGUGGGCGGGAGGAUCGAUCACUUACCCCGUGUUUGAGCAGACCCAUUUCAUCAAUUCGAUCGUCGCCCGAGAGUUGCUGCUUGACCAUUUGCCGAGUGGAGUCGCCUAUUAUUUCCAUGAUCGGUGGAUGAAUGGACAAUCCUAAAAGGAGUGAGUGAAUGCAGUAAGUAUGUGAGUGGUACGUUGGAUGGGAAGC